AUGGCCGCUCUCCUCUCCAAAGCCCACGACCGUCUCCUCGUCAAGAAACAUUUUGCAGAUGGAACGACCGAACCAGCCAACUUUCUCGACAAUGACUCCAUCCGACCAACCCCAGUCAAGGACCGGACGUGGACUUCCAUCACAUACUCAGCUUUCUGGUUCGCGGCCACGGCCAACGUGAGCAAUCUGUACGCAGCCUCUACCGGUCAGUCCGCUGGGUUGAGUAUGUGGGAGGCUCUGGCCUGCUCGCUUGGCGGCCAGUUGCUCGCUGGUUGUCUCAUGGCGCUGAAUGGCCGCGCAGGUGCAUUGUAUCGUAUUCCCUUUCCUGUCGCCUGUCGAGCGAGCUUUGGGACUUGGGGUGCGUUGUGGCCGACGUUUAAUCGUGCCGUCAUGUCGAUCGUCUGGAACGGUGUUAAUGCUGUGCAGGGAGCCCAGUGUCUAUAUGUCUUUCUUCAUGCCAUCUUUCCUUCCAUCGCCAACAUUCCCGACAUCAUGGGCUCCAAAUCGGCCCUCAACUCGGCGCAAAUGCUUUGCUUCUUCCUCUACUGGCUUAUUAAUUGCGCCUUUCUGUUCGUCCCUGUGCCGCGCAUGAGGAAGCUCGUUCACAUCAAGGUUGCCGUCUACUUCGCCGCCACCAUCGCCUUCGUGGCCUGGACAUUAUCGCUAUCCGGCAGCGUUCGCAAGACCCUGACCGAGCCCUCUACUGUGCAAGGUUCCGAAAAGUCCUGGUUGAUCCUCAAGUUCUUCUUCCUGGGACUUGCCAGCUGCGGCACCUUUAUCUCCAAUGCAUCUGAUCUGCAACGAUAUGCCUCCAAGCCCAACGAUGUCAUUGCCGGCCAGGUCUUCAGCUUCCCAAUGUCCAACUUCUUGGUAGGCGUGUUUGGCAACUUGAUCGCGGCUGCUAGCAAAGGUAUUUUCGGCGAGGUCAUCUGGAACCCGCUCACAACCCUCGACAUGCUGAUGGAGGGUGAUCGUCAUACAUCUGCAAAUCGCGCGGGCUGUGCUUUGAUCGCGUUUGCUUAUGUUUACUCUACUGUCUUCUCUGCUAUUUUCGAGAACUCCAUUCCCGCCGGAAACGAUAUCGCAGCCCUCAUGCCCAAAUAUAUAACAGUGAAGCGUGGCUUCUUUAUCUGUGCAGUUAUUUCAUACGCAAUCUGCCCCUGGUACUUGCUCUCAUCUGCGGCCGUGUUCAUUAAUUUCCUGAGCUCGUAUCAGAUCUUCCUCAGCGCCAUCACGGGUAUCCUGAUCUGCGACUACUACCUCCUCAGACGCGGCCUUUUCGACAUCCCUAUGCUUUAUUCGGGGCAUAAGGACUCUACGUACCACUUCUUCCACGGCUUUAAUCCUAGAGCGUUUGCAGUCUAUUUGAUUGCCGUGGCACCCAACUUCUAUGGAUUCCUCUACCAGAUGGGUGUUCACGCACCAUUGGGAAUCCAGCGGUUCUACUACGUUGCCUAUCCCGUAGGACUCUUGUUGGCGUUUGGAAGCUUUUGGCUGAUAAACACACUGUUCCCGAGUAGGAAUAUUCCAAAGGUCUCGGGGUGGCAAGAGCCUAAGGAUUUUGUGGAAAAUCAUGAUGGUACAUUUGUCAACGUUGUGAUUGACUCGUCUGAUGCAGCCUCUGGUGAUCAGGAGAUGGGCAAUGUUCAAAAGUCUGCCACGGAGAAGUACUGA